AUGAUCGUAGCCCCGACGAGCUUCCCCCGCACUAGCAUUCCGCUCUCCAACUUCACUUCCGUCACGUUCACACUCGCCCACUCGCGCAACCCUCUCCCUCCGGCGAUGGCUUUUUUCAAGGCCAGGAAUCCUUUGGCCUUUACGCCGUGGCCUGUGACAAUAAUAACCACCGUGGUGUACCUCGCCCUGCUCAUCCCCAUCCUAGUCAUUCACGUCAACGUCCCGUCCGCUCCCCGAACCAGCCCAAAGGGCCUGAACCUCACUGAAGCCUGGCAAGACUUACAAACCCUCACCGGCGGAUUUCAUCCAUACAACUCACACCGAAAUGACGAAGUUCGUGGGUGGUUGCUGAAGCGCAUCGAGGCAAUUAAGCGGGAGGUCGCGUCUACGGAGCUUGCCCUAGAGGAUGAAUCCAGACCGGAUGUAUUUGUCUUCGACGACAUGAUCUCGAACCUGACUUCUUUCGACAAGCGCACAGGUGUCUACUUUGAAGGCACCAAUAUCUUGGUUUACAUCCGCGGUUGGGAAGACAAGAAGGAGAACUGGUGGGAGACGCCCGGAAAGUCGCCCGCCGGCAAGGGUGGAGUCCUGGUCAACGCGCACUACGACAGCGUGUCGACCGGCUACGGAGCUACGGAUGAUGGCGUCGGCGUUGUGACAUGUCUGCAGCUGCUCAGAUAUUUCCUCACACCGGGCCAUGCGCCGCGGCGCGGCUUGGUCAUACUGUUCAAUAAUGGCGAGGAGGACUACCUGAACGGCGCACGCGCAUACAGCCAGCACCCAAUGGCGAAGUUUGCCCACACUUUCUUGAACCUUGAAGGUGCUGGUGCGGGCGGGCGGGCGACUCUGUUCCGUACCUCCGAUACCGAGGUCACCGAGGCAUAUUCGAAGACCAAAUAUCCAUUCGGAACGGUGAUCAGCGCAAAUGGAUUCGAACUUGUUGGUAGCCAGACUGAUUACGUUGUGUUUGAGGGCAUGAUGGGGCUGCGUGGCUUGGAUGUUGCCUUUUUUGAACCACGGGCACGAUAUCAUACCGACCAAGAUGAUUCGCGACAUACUAGUAUGGACUCUGUCUGGCAUAUGCUCUCUGCCGCUGUCACCACAACCCAGGAGCUUGUUUCAGAUUCUACAGACCGCUUUGAUGGCCGCAUUCGUGAUGACGGUAACGUUCCCAGUGGGACUGGGACCAAGGCUGUAUGGUUUGAUCUUUUUGGAAGCGCAUUUGCUGUUUUUCAAGUGCAUACUCUUUUCGCAUUGUCAGUGACACUUCUCAUUGUUGCGCCGUUGAUCUUGCUUGUCACUAGCAUUGCUCUGUCACAAGCCGACAAGAUGUAUUUGUUCCGAUCUACGACCUAUUUGGAGAUUUCUGAUGAGAAGAUCGCACUCCGGGGUCUCCGCGGCUUCUUCCGCUUUCCAUUCAUGGUUGUUAUUCCUACAGCGGUGGUCGUUGGUCUGGCCUACCUCGUGACAAAGAUCAACCCUUUCAUUGUCCAUAGCAGCCCAUAUGCUGUUUGGAGCAUGAUGGUCGCGGCCUGGAUUUUUUGGCUUGUUUAUACCUGGACCUGGCUUUUCGUCCUCGCCUGGGUUUUGUUGGUUAUUGCCACCACAUUUGAAAAUGAGCAGGGUCUGGGCGGAGGCUAUUUCACUCUGUUCUAUUUCGCCGGUACAUUCCUGGCCACCUGGAUUUCGUAUCUUGAGCUCUUUUCCCUUCCAACGAAAUCAGAGUAUGCCGGCCAGUUUGCUCAAGGGUCUCGCCGUCCCAGUAGCUACGGUAGUCGACUUGGGGCCACUUCUGGCGAUGAGGAAGAGGAACAAGAAGUUGAAGAAGAGCCUACGGAAUCCACAUCUUUGCUUCACGGCCGGCAGAGGACGACUUUUGCAAACUAUGUCAAUGUCCCCGGCGACUACACAGCGACUCAUGAAAUCAACGAAGGCGAAGAGCAAGAUCCUCAUCUUUACGGAAAUGAGCAAUCUUGGAGUGCUUCGAUGCCUAGUUGGUCUUGGUUGCUUCAACUGCUCCUGACUGUCCCGAUCAUUGUUACGAUACUCGCCCCGAUUGGUCUUCUGAUGACUAGUGCUCUUGGCCAGACUGGCCAAGAUGGUGAUCCCGUCUUGAUCUUGUAUUUGUUCGUUGCGGGGGUGACUGCGCUCCUUUUUAUGCCUAUGUUGCCGUACAUCCACCGGUAUACCUACCACGUCCCGAUAUUCCUGUUCUUCAUCCUUCUCGGUACAUUGAUCUACAACCUUGUCGCCUUCCCGUUCUCAGACUCUAGUCGCGUGAAGAUGUACUUCUCUCAGCAAAUCGACUUGGAAAAAGGAAAUUCCACCGCUUACCUGACAGGUGUACCCCCUUUUGUUAGCGAUAUUGUCCGCGGUCUCCCCAGUUCCGGUGGCCAGACAAAUUGCUACCAAUACCUUAAACGUACGCAGUGCUCUUGGCCUGGGCCGGAGCCACACGUUGUUGAAAGCAACACCACUUCCGACUGGGUUACUUUCAGCAUCUCGGAACCAGAAAGCAAAAGCCAUCCUACUCGCUUCGAGAUCUCAGGCCAGAAUACCCGCAGCUGUCGUAUAACCAUGGAUAAUCACCCUAUCACAACAUUCAGUGUUGUGGGCUCAUCUGCGCCGGACAAACGAUUCCUUCAGCCAUCCGCCGAUGGAAUGCACGAGAUCCGUCUCUGGAGUCGUACCUGGGGCAGCAAUUGGACUGUGGAUGUCAAUUUCUCCCAAGACCUCUCAUCUGAAGAAGAGAGCUCAAUCAAGGGUCGCGUUUCAUGUAUUUGGAGUGACAAUAAUCGCCUCGGUCUUAUCCCUGCUCUCGAUGAAGCCAAACAGUAUGCUCCGGCCUGGGCUACCAUGACCAAGUUGGCAGACGGACUGGUGGAGGGGUAUAAGGAGUUCGAGCUUGUGCGGAGUGGGUCUGGAUCCUGGAAGAAGAACGACGUCUAG